AUGGCCGCUUUCGACCACUCCCUCAUCGCCCGCAGCGAGGCAACCAUCAGCCACCUCGCCAAGCGCAACUUCGCCCAGGAAGAGCCCGGCGUCAUCCUCGUGUUCUGCAUCAUCGGCGUCGUCGCCAUCCUCCUCCUAGCUCUCUUCAUCAACAGGAAGCUCCAGGCGCGCAAGGACCGCGCACCGGCAUAA